GAUAAGUAGAGGGCUAACUCAUGGGGAGGACACAACACAGGAAUUUGGACACGAUGUUAUGCCUACUGUUCCUGACCUUUCCCCUCCUGGGGAGUUCAAUGCCUCUGAUUCAAGGUAGGGACCAAGUUGGAAUUGUUGGAGGCCAGGAGGCUUGGAAGGAGGAGUGGCUCUGGCAGGUCAGCCUCAGGGUUCCUGCCAGAGGAUACUGGAGGCACAUAUGUGGUGCCUCCCUCAUCCACCCCCAAUGGGUACUGACUGCUGCCCACUGCAUUGGCAUUCUUCGACAGAAUCCUUCAUCAUACAUGAUCCAACUGAGGGAACAGCACCUGUAUUAUGAGGACCAGCUCCUGCCACUGGCGAAGAUUAUUGUUUUUCCCAAGUACACUUCUGCUGAAAGUGGUGGGGAUGUUGCUCUGCUGAAACUGAAGAGCCCUGUGGAGCUGUCCAGUCAUAUCAAGCUCAUUAGCCUCCCAAAUGCCACGGAGAUCUUUCCCUUGGAUUCAGAGUGCUGGGUGACUGGCUGGGGGGAUCUUAGUUCUGGAGAGCCCUUGCCCCCACCCUAUACCCUGAGGCAGGUACAAGUCCCUUUGUUGGAUACACGAAGAUGUGAUCAAGAGUAUCAUGAGGGAGCAUAUACCAGCUCAUCUGUGAAGAUAAUUACCGAUGACAUGCUAUGUGCUGGCAAACACAAUGUAGAUUCCUGUCAGGGUGACUCCGGGGGACCCCUGGUCUGCAAAGUUGGGAACUCCUGGAAGCAGGCCGGCAUUGUGAGUUGGGGAAUAGGCUGUGGCAUUGACCUCAGGCCUGGUGUCUAUACACGUGUCACGAGCUAUGUGGAUUGGAUCAACAAGCAUACAUCCCCACGCUCUUCUACAAACUCAGUUAAUGUCUAAGCCUUCUGUGUCUACUAGAAAGUCCAUCAAACCAUCCCACUUCCUCUACUUGUCCAUCUUCCUGACCCUGUGUUUCUCUGAGCUCAGCUUUUUCCUCUCACAACCUCCUUCUUGGAAUCAUUCCCUCCUUUUUGGCUGCCCCAGAGACUGCCUAGUCGUGGGCUUAGAGUCCAGACACCUGGGUUCUAGUUUCCUGAUCUUUCACUGAGUCCCUCUGCGACCUUGGACAAGUCCCUUCUUGUGCCUUCAAUUUCAUCCUCUGCAUGACCACUCUUCUGGCCCUGGGGUUCCAUGCUUCUGCAAGUCUGUCCUGUGAGUUGUUUUGCAAAGGGUGCUGGAUGGACAAGAAAGAAAAGGGAAAUGGGCUCAUUUUCAUGGUAUUGCUUAUGUCUCAUUAAAGUCUCUGCAAACUCA